ACUUACCACCUACGUAUCAUAACACAUAUUUGACUUGUUUUUUAUCUGCUCCCAUUGGAAGGCAGGCAUCUUUGUUCCCUGCUGUUAUCUCAGAUUCUACAAUGGUGCUUGGCACAUAGAAAACACUCAGUAUCAGCAGCGUAAGAGAGGGAAAAAUGAAAAAGGAAAAGCACUCAAUAUAUUUUUUUGAAUAAAUGAAUUAGUGUGUUUGUUAUGGCAAUUUGUGAUAAUCAAGGGGUUGGGUACUCAUCACUGCUAACAGUUAAUUGAGCAUUGUCUCAAUUAAUUGAGUUAAUGUCUAAGCUUUCUGCAUGUUUCAUUUAAUAUCCACAACCACCUGUGAUGUAGUUCCUUAUUUUUUCCAUUUUACCGAGUAGAAAACUGAGGACUAGAAGCCGAUUCCCACAGCACGUUUCAGUUGAGUUGGAUUUUGUUUCCCUGGGCCUGCCUCUUCAUAAAGGGACUGGACUAAGAAUACUCUUGACCAGCCCGUAAGAACUUGGCACUCGUCUCAGUAAUCUGAGAUAGUAUGGUUUGGCGUCCAUAGCAACCAUGGCGACAGGACGCGCUCAAGCGAGAACCAAAAAGCGAGAACAGGUACAAGGCCAAACCUUCUACAUUCACAGACACCUACCAAAUCCCGAGCAUGGAACACCAAAUUAGAACGCUGACUAGUGCCUGGUAAUGUAGAAAAUACCCAAGUUAAAACGGUAACAGAGUGACACAGCAGCCAUUGAAGAUGCUCCACUUAAGGCACCGACAGGCGUCACGUGACGGGUGGGGAACGCCCACCGCCCGGGCCUAGCGCAGCUUCCUCCGCCCACCACGGAAGUGGGGCGGGGAUACUAACGCGGCGGACCCGGGUGGACGGAAGUGGCUGUUGGAGGCUUUAAGGUAGCUUUAAAUUCGUGCUGUCCUGGGAGUUCGCCCCUUUCGCCUGGAGUCGGGCUUUGCGGCGCCGGAUGGCUCUGGACGUGAAGUCUCGGGCAAAGCGUUAUGAGAAGCUGGACUUCCUUGGAGAGGGACAGUUUGCCACGGUUUACAAGGCCAGAGAUAAGAAUACCAACCAAAUUGUCGCCAUUAAGAAAAUCAAACUUGGACAUAGAUCAGAAGCUAAAGAUGCUCCUUGAUGCUUUUGGACAUAAAUCUAAUAUUAGCCUUGUCUUUGAUUUUAUGGAAACUGAUCUAGAGGUUAUAAUAAAGGAUAAUAGUCUUGUGCUGACACCAUCACACAUCAAAGCCUACAUGUUGAUGACUCUUCAAGGAUUAGAAUAUUUACAUCAACAUUGGAUCCUACAUAGGGAUCUGAAACCAAACAACUUGUUGCUAGACGAAAAUGGAGUUCUAAAACUGGCAGAUUUUGGCCUGGCCAAAUCUUUUGGGAGCCCCAAUAGAGCUUAUACACAUCAGGUUGUAACCAGGUGGUAUCGGGCCCCUGAGUUACUAUUUGGAGCUAGGAUGUAUGGUGUGGGUGUGGACAUGUGGGCUGUUGGCUGUAUAUUAGCAGAGUUACUUCUAAGGGUUCCUUUUUUGCCAGGAGAUUCAGACCUCGAUCAGCUAACAAGAAUAUUUGAAACUUUGGGCACACCAACUGAGGAACAGUGGCCGGACAUGUGUAGUCUUCCAGAUUAUGUGACAUUUAAGAGUUUCCCUGGAAUCCCGUUGCAUCACAUCUUCAGUGCAGCAGGAGACGACUUACUAGAUCUCAUACAAGGCUUAUUCUUAUUUAAUCCAUGUGCUCGAAUUACGGCCACACAGGCACUGAAAAUGAAGUAUUUCAGUAAUCGGCCAGGGCCAACACCUGGAUGUCAGCUGCCAAGACCAAACUGUCCAGUGGAAACCUUAAAGGAGCAAUCAAAUCCGGCUUUGGCGACAAAAAGGAAAAGAACAGAGGCCUUAGAACAAGGAGGAUUGCCCAAGAAACUAAUUUUUUAAAGAGAACACUGGACAACAUUUUCCUACUGAAGGAAAUAGCCAAAAAAGGCAAAUAGUGGAAAAAUAGUAAACAUUAAGUAAAUGCUGUAGAAGUGAGUUUGUAAAUAUUCUACACAUGUAAAAUAUGUAAAACUAUGGGGUUUUUUUAUUAAAUGUAUUUUAAAAUAAAAAUUCUGUUUUUUUCUGAUUAGACUGCAAAAGUGAGAAAAGUCCAAUUCUCUUGAAAUGUAGAAUUGAAAAUGCAGUAGGGAAAACUUAAUAAAAAUUAUUACCAGUUAUUUUGAA